AUGAAGUUUUUUCAUGUUAUCACGUCACUAUUCUUUGCAUUAACUCUUGCUAGAAUUGACCCUUCUGCAUGCCAAGUUGUAAAGGGCAAGGUCACUUGCAUUGAUUGCACUCAGGACUAUGAUUUCUCUGGAAUUCAGGUCUCUAUGAAGUGUGAAGAUAUGAAAAACAUGGCUAUGGCAACUACAGAACAUGAUGGCUCCUUCAUGGUUGAUCUUUCCACAUACCAUACAAAACCUGCUUCUGAUAAUUGCCAUGUAAAACUCCUUGGUGGACCAAGUAACCUUUAUGCUUCAAGGAAAAACCAAUUCUCACAAAUUGUGAAGGACAAAGAGGAAAACAGCUACACAACUUCCACUCCUCUAAGUUUCUUCACUUCUUGUCCCAAAAACACAGAAUGCAAAGAUGAGAAUAAUCAGUUUGGCUCUUCCAAAACCUAUAAUUUUCCUAUGCCUUCACAGUGGGGCUUGGCACCAACUAGCUAUUAUCUUCCUUUCUUCCCUAUCAUUGGAAUACCAUGA